AUGUCAGAAUGUGAGGAGUCCAUAGCUACGAGUAAGUUCCAGCCCACAGACGCCCGGAGCGCCUUCCCGUGCUUCGACGAGCCCUCCUUCAAGAGCACCUUCUCCACCACGCUGGUCCGCCCCUCCCACGGCUACACCGCCCUCUCUAACAUGCCCGUCCAGCGGGAGGUGGCCGACGCCCCCAGGAGGGCGCUGACGGAGGUGGUGUUCGAGAGGUCCGUCCCCAUGGUCACCUACCUCGCCUGCUUCGUCGUCUGCGACUUUGACUAUGUGCAGACCUUCACGCAGGGCCAGAAGCCGUUCAGAGUCUACGCCACACCAGACCAGAUCACCAGAGCCAACUACUCCCUCAACAUUGGCGUAGACGUCCUUAAUUACUAUGAGGAUUACUUUCAAGUGGAUUACCCUCUACCCAAACAAGACAUGAUAGCCAUCCCGGACUUCAUCUCCGGGGCGAUGGAACACUGGGGACUGAUCACCUACAGGGAGGUGAACCUGCUCUACGACGCCCGGGGCUCCUCCUCCUACAACAAGCAGCGGGUCGCCUCCGUCGUCGCCCACGAGCUCGCUCACAUGUGGUUCGGCAACCUUGUGACGCUGGCCUGGUGGGACGACCUGUGGCUCAACGAGGGCUUCGCCAGCUACCUCGAGUACAAGGGCGUCGCCAACUAUGAGACGGACUGGGACAUGGAAGGUCAGUUCCUGGUUGAUGACUUACAGCGAGUGAUGCUCCUGGACGCUCAACUCACCUCCCACCCCAUCGUCCAGCCCGUCAACCAUCCUGAUGAGAUCACUGAGAUAUUUGAUACCAUAUCCUACAGCAAGGGCGCGUCGGUCCUGCGCAUGCUGGAGAACUUCAUGGGUCCUGAACACUUCCGUGCUGGCGUGAGCAACUUCCUCCGACGCUACCAGUACGACAACGCUGUCACUCGGGACCUGUGGGCGGAGCUGGAGGCCGUGCUGGAGGAGCACCUCAACAUUACCACCAUCAUGGACACCUGGACACGCCAGAUGGGCUUCCCUGUCCUCUCCGUCACCUCCUCCCCCGACCACCCCAACCUGCUGGAGGUGAGACAGAUGAGGUUCCUGAGCGACCCAGAGACAAAAAGCAAGGACGACUCCCCGUAUGGGUACCGGUGGGACAUCCCUGUCACCUACAUCACCGACGUGUCCCCCCGUCAACAAGAGUGGUUCUACAGGGACAUGGAUAAACUGACCUUGAGGAAGCCGGCGGGCGCGUCUUGGGUCAAGGUCAACCUCGGCCACUAUGGCUACUACCGGGUCAACUACCAACCCUCCAUGUGGCAACACCUCAUCUCCCUCCUCCUUAACAACUCUCAGGUCCUGAACGUGACAGACAGAGCGGGUCUGCUGGACGACGCCUUCAACCUGGCCGGUGCGGGCUACCUGCCCUACGACACCGCCCUCUCCCUGGUGGCCUACAUGAGGAGUGAGAGCCACUACAUCGCCUGGAGCACCGUCACCUCUCACCUCGACCGUAUGGCCAGGCUCCUCAGGACUACUAAAGUCUACCCCUACUUCAGGAGGUUCAUGGUUAGACUGGUGAGCGACCACGUGGAACGCCUCGGCUGGAACGAUACUGGAAGUCACUUGGAGAGGCGCAACCGGUUGGUGCUGAUGUAUCUGGCCUGCAGUAACGGGUACCAGCCGUGUCUGGAGGGCGCCUACCAGCGCCUGCUAGCAUGGAUUAGGGAUCCGGACUACUUCAUCCCUCCCAACACUCGCUCCCUCGUCUACCGCUUUGGCAUGCAGAAGGCUGGGGCGGAGGAGUGGGAAAAGGUGCUGGCUCGCUACAUCAACGAGACCAACGCUCAGGAGAAGACCAAACUGGCCCUCGGUCUAGCCAGCACUAAAGAGGAUUGGAUAACGCAAAGGUUGUUGAUGGUGGCGCGGAACGAGACCAUUGUGAGGAGUCAGGACUACUUCUCCAUCCUUAACGACAUAGCCAAGCAGCCAUGGAGUACACACCUUGUCUGGAAUUUCGUCAAGUCGCACUGGGAGGAGCUGGAGGAGAGGUUCACCCUCAGCAACCGGUACCUGGGGCGCAUGGUGAAGUUUGUGUGUACGCGGUUCACCUCCUCCAGUCAGCUACAAGAGAUGAAGGAGUUCUUUGCGGAGUUCCCCAACGCCGGGUCAGGGGCCCGCGCCCGCCAGCAGGCCCUGGAGGAGGUGGAAGGCAACAUCAAGUGGGUUGAGAAGCACGAGGACUCCCUCUACCGGUGGUUCCUCGAGCACAACCACGUCUUGUAGGAGCGCCCCGGGAAGAGCUCUCCAACAUAAAGUACAGCUACUUGAAUUACAGACAUUGUUAACUUAAUGGAAACUUCUUGAUAUGAACUUUCCAUAGUAACUGAACACUGCCUUGAUUCUGAAACUCUGUAUCUAUAAACUUUUACAAUAAGGGGCACUCUUUCUUUUAUAUAGUGUCUAUGAGAACACAAUCUACUUUGUAGAUAAUUAGAAAAAUAGGAAAUUUGAAAUUUAAUGGAAUAAUAUAAACGUAAUGUAAUGAUACAGUACUGAAGGAAGCCAAAUUUGGUGCCAAGACCCCAACCUUCCGGACAACUGUCAACAACACUACCAUUACUGUCAACAACACUACCAUUACUGUCAAUAACACUACCAUUACUGUCAACAACACUACCAUUACUGUCAACACUACCAUUACUGUCAACAACACUACCAUUACUGUCAACAACACUACCAUUACUGUCAACAACACUACCAUUACUGUCAACAACACUACCAUUACUGUCAACAACACUACCAUUACUGUCAACAACACUACCAUUACUGUCAACAACACUACCAUUACUGUCAACAACACUACCAUUACUGUCAACAACACUACCAUUACUGUCAACAACACUACCAUUACUGUCAACAACACUACCAUUACUGUCAACAACACUACCAUUACUGUCAACAACACUACCAUUACUGUCAACAACACUACCAUUACUGUCAACAACACUACCAUUACUGUCAACAACACUACCAUUACUGUCAACAACACUACCAUUACUGUCAACAACACUACCAUUACUGUCAACAACACUACCAUUACUGUCAACAACACUACCAUUACUGUCAACAACACUACCAUUACUGUCAACAACACUACCAUUACUGUCAACAACACUACCAUUACUGUCAACAACACUACCAUUACUGUCAACAACACUACCAUUACUGUCAACAACACUACCAUUACUGUCAACAACACUACCAUUACUGUCAACAACACUACCAUUACUGUCAACAACACUACCAUUACUGUCAACAACACUACCAUUACUGUCAACAACACUACCAUUACUGUCAACAACACUACCAUUACUGUCAACA